UAACCUAACCUAACUUAACUUGGACUCAUUCGAUUCUCUUGAUCACAGGUGAGAGAUACUACUACUACAAUGCGCCUCCCAACUCCGAUAAUCAACGAAAGUCGCCGCCUUUCAUCGUCUUCCCGAUCAUGGAUAUCUCCAAUCUCCUUAACCUCCAAGAAGAAACCAGACCCACCUCCCGAAUCCUCGAUCUCACUCCCCGAAACAACCCCCAAACCCCAAUUCAUCUCCCACGAAUCCGCCGUCAAUCUCAUCAAACGCGAGAGAGACCCUCAGCGCGCGCUCGACAUCUUCAACAGAGCCUCUCAGCAAAAAGGCUUCAACCACAACAGCGCCACGUACUCCGUCCUCUUGGACAACCUCGUGAGGCGCAAGAAGUUCAACGCCGUCGACGCGGUCCUCCACCAGAUGAAGCACGAGACUUGCAGGUUCCAGGAAGCUCUCUUCCUCAACUUAAUGAGACACUUCUCCAGGUUCGAGAUGCACGGUAGAGUGGUGGAGAUGUUUGGUUUGAUCCAAGUGAUCGCACGUGUGAAGCCUUCACUCAACGCGGUUAGCACGUGUCUCAACCUCCUUGUUGAUUCGAAGGAGGUUGGUUUAGCUAAGAAGCUGCUUCUGUAUGGUAAAGAGCGUCUCGGGUUGCAGCCGAACACUUGCAUUUUUAAUAUUUUGGUGAAGCAUCAUUGUAUGAACGGGGAUGUUGACUCUGCGUUUGGAGUUGUGGAGGAGAUGAAAAGAUCUGGACUUUCGUAUCCGAAUUUGAUCACUUACUCGACGUUGAUGGAGUGUUUGUUUAAGCAUUCCAGGUGUAAAGAAGCUAUGGAGUUGUUUGAGGAUAUGAUCUCUAAAGAAGGGAUCUCUCCGGAUCCUGUUAUUUUUAAUGUGAUGAUCAAUGGGUUCUGUCGUGCAGGGGAGGUUGAGAGGGGUAAGAUGGUUAUAGAGUUUAUGAAGAAGAAUGGGUGCAAUCCUAAUGUGUAUAAUUACUCUGCUUUGAUGAAUGGGUUUUGUAAAGAGGGGAAGAUUCAGGAAGCUAGAGAAGUCUUUGAAGAGGUUAAGGAGACCGGGUUGAAACUAGAUACAGUUGGUUAUACUACUUUGAUGAACUGUUUUAGUAGAAGUGGUCAAAUUGAUGAAGCUAUGGAGUUACUUGGAGAGAUGAAAGCCUCUAGAUGCAGAGCUGAUGCGUUAACUUACAAUGUGAUCCUCAGGGGUUUGUGCAGCGAAGGAAGAACAGAAGAAGCUCUUGAAAUGCUGAGUCAAUGGGGAUGUGAAGGUGUUCAUCUGAACAAAGGUAGUUAUAGGAUCAUACUAAACGCGUUGUGCAAGAACGGUGAGCUGGAGAAAGCGGUUGGGUUUCUUAGUUUGAUGUCAAAGAAAGGAGUUUGGCCACACCAUGCCACGUGGAACGAGUUAGUGGUUCGGCUUUGCGGAUCCGGGAAUGCAGAUAUAGGUGUUCGAGUUCUGACAGGGUUUACGGGAAUGGGUUUCAAACCAGAGCCUGAGUCUUGGAGAGCUGUGGUUCAAUCACUAUGCAAAGAGAGGAAGUUAUUGCAUGUCUUUGAACUGCUUGAUUCUUUAGUUUCGUGAUAUAAUUUUAAACCCCUUUAUUGA